AUGGCCAACCUAUCGAGCCUCCUCCACGAGCUCCGAGAACGCAUAGCUGCCACCUCAGCCACUCCUCCCAACCACGCCGAUGACGACGUUUUGGAUGCCCGAUUCCGCGCCGUCCUCCCUAACCUCCUUCACGCCUACGUCGUUCCAUCUCCCUCUGCCAACGAGAGAGAAGUGACAGCUGUGUUGAAGCUCAUCGCUCACACCGCUAGGAACUUUCCCGGAGUGUUUUACCAUGGAAAGGCAAGCGCAAUUCUUCCUCUGCUCGGCCGCAUCUUGCCUUUCUUCGCAGAACCGGCGUUUCGUUCUCGGCAUGGUGUCAUCUUUGAAACCGUUGGAUCACUUUUAUCUUUACUUCGUACCGGAGCACGGGAUGCGUACCGUCAGUUUUUCAUUGACUCAAUGAUCGUUGUUGAAGAUCUUUUGUAUGUGGCAUCAGUAUGUGCUGACGUUUCGAAUAUUACGGAAUCAACUAAAUUGACUUUAAAGUGUUUUUGUGAGUCCUUCAAUGCAAUUUUGGAUGAUCCUGAUCAUCUUGGAGAUCUCCCGGCAAGUAAUAAACCGAAUGAUGGGAUUGGUAUCUUGAUUAACCUUACGGGCAAAAUAAGGUGGCAACCUUUUGCAACAUGGAUGAUAAAGCUUCUCGGUAAAUGCUUAACUGAAGGAACUCUGUAUGUGGAAGGACUCAUUAAUGUGUCAUUUGUUACGGCUGCGUGUUCCCUUCUAUGCUAUGGAGAUGCUGAUGUGCAUAUGGCAUGUUUUGAAUUUGCAUGCGUUGUUGGAUCAGCGAUAAAUUAUGACAUCAUUCCUCAUCAGAAGAUAAUUCAGUCGAUAUCAACUAUAUUAAGGGAGGACAAAGAAGGGCUUCCUGUAUUCAGAAACAUCAUUUAUGAUUCGUCCAUUGGUGGUUGCCUUGAUGCAUUACACUGUAGUUGCCCUGAAGAUGUUCUCAAGCUAACAGCUGCUGAUUUAGUUGAUGUAUUUCCUCAUUCAAUGAAGAGUACCAAAAGCCAGGAGCUUAAGGUUGCAUUGUGCAAUGCAUAUAUGCGGAUUGCGAAAAUGUGUCCCCCUCAUAUCUGGAGGCCAGAGUCUCUCAUUUAUGUCCUUUCUUGUCCAGAACCUUGCUUCUCGUUGAUAGAUUGCUUACAAGUAGCUCUCUCUAUACUUGGUCCUGAUCUUGUUGGAUCGAGAAUUGCAAAUAGUAACUGUCAGAGUAUAUCAGCAUUAACUGAUAAAUCAAUAGAAAAUUCAAGGGUUGGAGAAAAAAGGCCUAUUCAGGAUGUGGAUACUUUCAAGAUUAAACGUCAAAAGGUAGAUAAAGAAAUCGUGAGUUCUGAUUCUAAUUUUCAGGUGGAGCGCAAACGUACUCAUACAGUUGCUUGUGAAAGAGAAGAUUAUGCAGAUUAUAUGCAUCAGUCACUUCUUUCUUUUGUUGAAAUUUUAAAAUCUCCUGGUGUCAAUCCUGAUUCUUUAAGACCAGAGGUCGCAUUAACAUCUCUUAGCAUGCUUUGCAUUGCCUUCUGUAGAUACCCAGAGACCAAUCUGUCACAAAGCAUCUUUAAUCAGAUGUAUGCAUGGAUACCCUGGGUAUGUCAGCAGGCAAAGCGAGAAAAUUCAGUUGCACUUGAUAUUUCCAUCUACCUGGAAGGAAUUCACAGCAUGUUGCUUUCACAGAGUCCCUUAGCGAUGGGGAGUAUGGAGUUUGAAAAUAAGGAUGUUGAUGCAGACCUUAUGCAUGUUGUAAAGCUUCCAUGGACCCAUUCUCUUGUAAAUAAUACUGGCCCUCAUCAUCCGUGGAAAACUAAAUGCACCUCUGUUCAAGUUGCAUGCAAACUUGGUCAUAGAACAGGAACUGAAACUCAGCUUGAACUCUUGGAUUUGAGCCUUAAUGAUGAAUUUGAAGAAGUUAAUAUUGAAGCUAUAAUUUCGAUGCCUGUGAUUGUCAUUUGGUCUGGUUUCGGUGGGCUGUCACGUAUAUUCAGAAGGCUUGAGUUCCUGAGGGGAGAGAGACCUGAGAAGUCUCUAUUUCUUGAACUUCUUUAUGAUGAAUCAGAAGAGGUUCAAGUUGCUUGUGUGAAAAAUAUUUACCGAAUACUUGUACAUGGGGGCAGAGACAAUCUGAUUCAGUCAAGAUUUGAAUGGAUUAAAUGUGUUGAAUAUUUACUCCUUAAUGGAAAGAAUGCUGUAAGAGAUGCAUUCUGCACCCAGAUUAGUUCAUUCCUUGAUGAUUCUGUUUUGAGUUACUUAUUUCUUGAUGAGGACACAUCAAAUAAAAGUAAAGAAGAAGAGUUUUUUAACAUAAUCAAGCAUGCCUUCUCAGAAACUAAAGAUCCUCAAACCUUUGAGACUCUUUUGGAGUCUACAGCAGAAAUAAUGAUUGCAGUUGACAUUCACAGUCAACUAUUCUUGCUUUCUCUUUUUUUGUUGGUUGAUCAGCUUGAUAAUCCACACAUGACAGUGAGAGUGAAUGCAUCAAGGCUGAUACACAAAGCUUGCUACUUUCAUCUGAAAGGGGGAUUUGAACAAAUCCUUUUGAAAGUUGCCCACGUUCGAAAUGAACUAUUUGAUUAUCUGUCUGCGAGGCUGUCUAGCCGUCCAAUUAUGGUCAAAGAGUUUACAGAGUCAGUUCUUGGUAUUGAAACUGAAGAUCUUGUCAAGAAAAUGAUUCCUGUUGUUCUUCCGAAGCUUGUAGUGUCUCAGCAGGAUGAUAAACAAGCACUUGACACCUUAUAUGAACUGGCUAAGUGCUUAAACACUGAUUUGGUGCCCCUUGUAGUUAAUUGGCUACCAAAAGUGCUAGCUUUUGUUCUCCAUCGAGCAGAUGUGCGAGAGUUAGCUGUUGCUUUGCAAUUUUACCAUACGCAGACUGGUUCUGACAAACAAGAGAUCUUCGCUGCUGCAUUACCGGCCCUUUUAGACGAACUCAUAUGCUUUCUAGAUGGAGGUGAUUCAGAUGAGAUAAACAGAAGGUUAGCAAGAGUUCCUGAGAUGAUAAAAGAGGUUGCGAGAGUUCUAACCGGUGGUGAAGAUCUUCCCAGCUUUUUGAGGAAUCAUUUUGUUGGCCUUCUUAACAGUAUUGAUAGAAAGAUGCUCCAUGCAGAAGACUUUUCACUGCAGAAACAAGCCUUACAACGCAUUGAGAUGCUAAUCAAAAUGAUGGGUUCUCACCUUAAUACUUAUGUGCCUAAACUGAUGGUUCUUCUCAUGCAUGCUAUUGGUAAAGAAGCCCUCCAGAGUGAGGGCCUGUCUGUGCUGCAUUUUUUCAUUGUGCAGCUGGUGAAAGUAUCACCAGCUAGCACUAAGCAUGUAAUUUCUCAAGUUUUUGCUGCUCUUAUUCCCUUUUUAGAGAGAGAUGAAGAAAAUCCCAUACAUCUAGAUAAAGUGGUUAAAAUUUUGGAAGAACUUGUGCUGAAUAACAGGGUCAUUCUAAAGCAGAAUGUACGCGAGUUCCCUCCGUUGCCCAGUAUUACAUCUCUAAUUGAAGUGAACAAAGCUAUACAAGAAGCCCGAGGGUCAAUGACAUUGAAGGAUCGAUUGCGUGAUGUUGUUGAUGGUUUGAAUCAUGAGAGCUUAAAUGUAAGAUAUAUGGUUGUGUGUGAGUUGAGCAAGUUGCUGAGCCUGAAACAAGAAGAGGUUACAGCUCUGAUAACUGCUGAAAGUGGUACAGAUAUGGAUAUUUUGAGUUCUUUAAUCACAUCCUUGCUAAGAGGAUGUGCAGAAGAAUCAAGGACUGCAGUUGGACAGCGGCUGAAGUUGGUAUGUGCUGAUUGCCUUGGGGCCCUGGGUGCCGUUGACCCUGCUAAAGUGCAGGGCUUUUCAUGUCAACGUUUUAAAAUUGAAUGCUCUGAUGAUGACCUUAUCUAUGAGUUAAUCCACAAGCACCUUGCAAGGGCUUUUAGAGCUGCACCUGACACUAUAAUUCAAGACUCAGCCGCAUUGGCUAUACAGGAACUGCUAAAGAUUGCAGGCUGUGAGGCCUCAUUAGAUGAGAAUGCUGCUGCAUCUAUGUCAGGGACUCCAAAGGACAAAGAACCUUUGAAUGUUGAUGCAUCUGGGAUUAUGGGUAUUGAUGGUAGCAGUAAGAUGAAUAGAAGGGGUCAGAUAUUAUGGGACCGCUUCUCCAAUUAUGUUAAAGAGAUAAUUGCCCCUUGCUUAACCUCUAGAUUUCAACUUCCAAAUGUUGCUGAUUCUUCAUUUGCUGGCCCAAUUUACAGGCCAUCUAUGUCAUUCAGAAGAUGGAUAUUCUACUGGAUAAGAAAGCUGACUGCACAUGCCACUGGUUCUCGUGGCAGCAUUUUCAAUGCCUGUCGAGGUAUAGUUCGUCAUGAUAUGCAAACAGCAAUAUAUUUGCUUCCAUAUUUAGUUCUUAAUGCUGUCUGUCAUGGCACAGAGGAGGCACGCCAUGGCAUAACAGAAGAAAUCCUUUGUGUUCUUGAUAUUGCAGCAUCUGAUAACAGUGGGGAUGCAGUUCAUGGAGUUAAUGGUGGGAAAAAUGAAGUAUGCAUUCAAGCUGUGUUCACUCUCCUUGAUAAUCUUGGUCAAUGGGUGGAUGAUAUUAAACAAGAAUUAGCUCUUUCCCAGUCUUUUCAAUCAAUGGCAUCUAAGCAACAAGCAUCCAAGACAAAGGAUAAAAUUCAUAACUCUUUGAAAAAUCAAGAUCAUCUCCUUGUACAGUGCACAUAUGUUUCAAAACUGUUGUCUGCAAUUCCUAGGGUGUCUCUUGCCAGGGCCUCCUUCAGGUGUCAGGCUUAUGCAAGGUCUUUAAUGUACUAUGAGUCAUACGUGAGGGGAAAGUCAGGUUCUUUUAACCCUGCAUCUGAGAGAAGUGGCAUCUUUGAUGACGAAGAUGUUUCAUAUCUAAUGGAAAUAUACAGCUCUCUAGAUGAGCCUGAUGGUCUUUCUGGCUUUGCAUGUUUACGGAAAUCUAUGAGAUUACAAUUACAGGACCAGCUCUUAAUUAAUAAAAAGGCUGGAAACUGGGCAGAGGCUUUAACUUCUUGUGAACAAGCUUUGCAGAUGGAACCAACAUCAGUUCAAAGGCACUCCGAUGUCCUUAACUGUUUAUUAAACAUGUGUCACCUUCAAGCCAUGGUUACUCAUGUGGAUGGCUUAAUUUCUAGGAUUCCCCAGUACAAGAAAACAUGGUGCAUGCAAGGUGUACAGGCAGCAUGGAGGCUGGGCAGGUGGGAUUUGAUGGAUGAGUAUCUUAGUGGGGCUGAUGAAGAAGGUCUACUUUGUAGCAGUUCUGAAAGUAAUGCCUCAUUUGAUAUGGAUGUUGCAAAGAUUCUCCAGGCACUGAUGAAGAAGGAUCAGUUCUCAGUUGAUGAAAGAAUUGCCCUCUCGAAGCAAGCGCUCAUUGCUCCUCUUGCUGCUGCAGGCAUGGAUUCUUAUGUACGCGCUUACCCAUUUGUUGUAAAACUUCACCUGCUACGAGAGCUUGAGGACUUUCACACUCUUCUUGCUGAUGACUCUUUCUUGGAGAAAUCAUUUCAAUUGGGUGAUCAUGGAUUCUCCCAAGUGAUGGAGAAUUGGGAAAACCGUCUCAGGUUUACACAGCCAUCAAUCUGGGCAAGAGAGCCACUUUUGGCCUUCCGCAGACUGGUUUUUACUUCCAGUGCUCUUGGCGCUCAAGUUGGGAACUGCUGGCUUCAAUAUGCAAAGCUCUGUCGCAUGGCCGGUCAUUAUGAGACAGCAAACCAGGCGAUUCUAGAAGCCCUAGCUACAGAUGCACCUAAUGUUCACAUAGAGAAGGCUAAACUUCUGUGGAGCACCCGGCGAUCUGAUGGUGCCAUUGCACAGUUGCAACAGUCCCUCCUGAACAUGCCUGUAGAGAUUGUAGGCUCCUCGGCAAUUUCAUCAAUUACUAGUCUUUCACUGGUUCCGCUGAACCUGCCGCCUUUAGUUUGUGAUACUCAAUCUUUGAAUGAGAAUCGAGAUAUUGCAAAGACCCUUCUUCUCUAUUCUAGGUGGAUCCAUUACACUGGGCAGAAGCAGAAAGAAGAUGUGCUGAGUCUUUAUUCGAGGGUGAGGGAACUGCAGCCCAAGUGGGAGAAAGGAUAUUUCUACAUGGCUAAGUAUUGUGAGGAAGUUCUUGCUGAUGCCAAGAAACGUCAGGAAGAAAACAUUGAACUUGGUCCAGGGAAAAUGCCGACAAGUAGUGAUAUUGUUGGUUCUUCAAAUUUAAAGACUGAGAAGCUUUGGUGGUCAUAUGUGCCUGAUGUACUGUUAUUCUAUGCAAAGGGGCUUCAUAGGGGCCACAAGAAUCUCUUUCAAGCACUUCCAAGGUUGUUAACCUUAUGGUUUGACUUCGGCAGUAUGUAUCUAACAAGUGGCACAUCAUCCGAUAAAGAUUUGAAAAGUGUCCAUAUGAAGGUAAUGAGUAUAAUGCGAGGAUGUUUGAAGGAUUUGCCAACAUACCAGUGGUUAACGGUACUGCCACAGUUGGUUUCCAGAAUUUGCCACCAGAAUGAGGAAGUUGUUCGAUUGGUCAAAAACAUCAUUACAUCAGUUCUCCGGAAAUACCCACAACAAGCUCUGUGGAUUAUGGCAGCAGUUUCAAAAUCCACUGUUCCUUCAAGGCGGGAGGCAGCUGCAGAAAUCCUACAUGCUGCACGAAAAGAGUUCAGCCAAGGAAAUACUGGCAGCAAUCUGUUUGUGCAGUUUGCAAGUCUGAUUGAUCACUUAAUUAAGUUAUGCUUCCAUGCUGGUCAGCCGAGGGCAAAAACAAUUAAUAUCUCAACUGAAUUUAGUGCCUUAAAGAGGAUGAUGCCACUGGGAAUUAUCAUGCCCAUUCAGCAAUCUCUAACUGUUAGCCUACCGACAUACGAUGGGAAGCUCACUGACUCACUUAGAUCUGAUAUCUUUUCUGCGACUGAUCUUCCUACAAUAUCAGCAAUCAGUGAUGAGGCCGAGAUUCUUUCAUCCCUUCAACGACCUAAAAAAAUUGUUCUAAUGGGCAGUGACGGCAUUGAACGUCCAUUCCUCUGCAAACCCAAGGAUGACCUUAGGAAAGAUGCCCGCAUGAUGGAGUUCACUGCAAUGAUAAACCGUUUGUUGUCUAAAUACCCAGAAAGCCGUCGAAGGAAACUCUACAUUCGCACUUUUGCAGUAAUUCCUUUGACAGAGGACUGUGGCAUGGUAGAAUGGGUGUCCCACACUCGUGGACUUCGGCAUAUACUUCAAGACAUAUAUAUAAACUGUGGAAAAUUUGAUAGGCAAAAGACAAAUCCUCAGAUCAAACGAAUUUAUGAUCAAUGCCAUGGUAAAAUACCAGAAGAUGAGAUGUUGAAGGACAAAAUUCUUCCAAUGUUCCCUCCAGUGUUUCAUAAAUGGUUCUUAAUCACUUUUUCUGAGCCAGCUGCUUGGUUUAGGGCUCGGAUUGCUUAUGCACACACUACUGCAGUUUGGUCCAUGGUUGGGCAUAUUGUGGGGUUGGGUGAUCGACAUGGUGAAAACAUUCUUUUUGAUUCUACAACAGGUGACUGUGUUCAUGUUGAUUUCAGUUGCUUAUUUGAUAAAGGCUUGCAGUUAGAGAAGCCUGAGCUGGUGCCUUUCAGGUUGACUCAGAAUAUGAUUGAUGGCUUGGGCAUCACUGGUUAUGAGGGAAUCUUUUUGAAGCGAGCAAUCAGUAACAUUGAGGCAAGGUUGCAAGGAGUAGUUGUUGGUGUUGGAGCAGCACCAUCUCUGCCUCUGGCCGUAGAAGGUCAGGCUCGUCGAUUAAUAGCUGAAGCAGUCUCCCACAAAAAUCUUGGAAGGAUGUAUAUCUGGUGGAUGCCUUGGUUCUGA